UCUGCUCCCCCUCCCACUCUCCCUCUGUCUCUUCUUUUCCUCUGUCUCUCCCCUUCUCUCUGUCAGUCAGUGAGUCAUGAUGGCGGAUCGUGCAGUGCCUCAUGCAUAUCCCAUGAGUACUCGGUAUGAACUGAACACUCCCAGUCGGAUCUACGAUCAGAACUUUGGAGAGGCCUUGACCCCCCAGGAUCUGCUUACCCCCACCCUGUACCAUGGUUACUACGUCCGUCCACGAAUCACCAAGCAGCUGGGGCGGGGCUUCUCUGAGGUAGAAACGGAGUCAGGGCAGUGGAGGGUCCGACUGGACGUAUGUCAGUUCACUCCAGAUGAGAUCACUGUGCGCACCGUCGACAACCUGCUGGAGGUCAUUGGUAACCAUGCCCAGAGGCAGGAUGGCCACGGAUUCGUCAGCCGUUCGUUUACAAGGACCUACGUACUUCCUGUGGGUGUUGACCCUCUCCUGCUCCACACCGACCUAUCACACAACGGCAUCCUCUGUGUCUCUGGACCGCGGACAACCCCCGAUCCCCCCUCCACACACACACUCACCAUCCACACACACACACAAGACUGAAUAGAAAAGAUGGAGGACACACACCUCCGGGAUUAGAGAGAUUACACACACCUUGGGGAUUAGAGAGAUUACACACACCUUGGGGAUUACAGAGAUGACACACACUUUGGGGAUUAGAGAGAUGACACACAGCUCCUGGAUUAGAGGGAGGACACACACAUCCUAGAUUAGGGGGAGGACACACACCUUCUGGAUUAGGUGGAGGACACCCACCACCUGGAUCAGGGGGAGGACACACCUCCUGAAAUAUGGGGGAGGACACACCUUCUGGAUUACGGGGGAGGACACACACCACCUGGAUCAGGGGGAGGACACACACCUCCUGAAAUAGGGGGGAGGACACACCUUCUGGAUUAGUUGGAGGACACACACCACCUGGAUCAGGGGGAGGACACACCUCCUGAAAUAGGGGUGAGGACACACCUGGAUUACAGGGGAGGACACACACCUCCUGGAUUAGUUCACUGCUCAGAUUGCCCAAAGGAAUUUCAGAGAUGUAAUUGGACACAUCAUCAUCUAUUUGUUCUUACCAUAACCAUAAUAUAAUUAAAACAUCUGGAUAUUUAGGGCUGUAAUAGCUGCAUAAUAGUUAGUUUUGUCUUUUUAAGAUUCAGGCAUUUUCUUUGCUAACUGCUAACUCCUCUUUGGAUAAAUAGCCAGGUAGUUGAGGUUUUUGUUUGAGCUGAAUGAUGAUGACAUUAACUUGUAUUGUGGUAGACAAAUGUUUACCCCAGCAUUGUGUGAAAGUUUGAGGUAUUGCUCAAUAGACUCUCUGUGUCACUGUAUAGAGCACAUAAAUACUUGGAUGAACCAAAA